AUGGCGUUGUUGCAACGGGCAAGAGCCAGCGGCAGAUGCCCUCCAUCUCUCUUAGCAGAGAAUAGAAUGCCCCCAGGUGAUGGCUUUGAAGCGGCCGUCACGAAGGUACUUGAUGUGCAAGGCGGCCUUUCGCUUACGACGCAUGGACAAGUCGCUUCGGAUUUCUCGGCUGUCAUGAAGCGAUCGAAGGGCAAGGCCGGAACUAGGAAAGGAGGGUCUGGCCGACGUCUGGUCAUAUUGACCCAAUCAAGAGCGGCGCACUUGGAAAUGCCCUUCCUCUACUUCGGGGCAUCUGAAGACACCCUGAUUUGGAAUUCACAGGGCAAGGAUAGGCUGGGAAUUGUUUGCCUCUCUUAG